GGCAACGCGGCGAUAGAAUACGGCGAACCGUAGAAUUCACGGAUCAACUAUCCUCCUCGGGUCGGCGGGGAACGGGUCCUCAAAACUCAGUCACUCGCAGACUCAGUUGCUGUGACAACGCCGUUUAACGCGACCGUAAACGGUGCUUUUGUUUUGCGCGAUACUAACGUUACUUCGCUAACGCCACCUCGAGGCUCGUCUCUGCAGAGGUCGAACCACAACCACCCCCUGGUUGGCAAAACAAGAAGAGGAACGAGGUAAACGAGAGAAAUCGGGGGUGGAGCGGACGACGGUUCGAGGAAGAGGAUUAACGCACUAUCGUCCAACCAAUGAUGAACUCGACUCGUAAUCACGGCUGAAUCACAUUUUUCUCGAGGACAAUUAUCACUUAUGACUUUAGACAAUUCAACUUCUCACGUAUAAGAGGCCAGGUUAGAGCCAGUGUUUCAUUAAUGUGCCUGUAACAUUUCAACGUCCAGGGACUCGAUCAGCGGCUAAUCAGUGACAAGUGCUGCGACUCCGACUACAGUGCAGUAGCUAGAUAUCGACGCAUCGUUUCGGAUUAAUCGGUCGCAAAAAUCUACAAGCACCGCAACGCCCCUUGCCCGCGGGAGAGUUGAAACGCGUUUGACUUUUCAGUGCAGGAAUAAACCAAGACCGGCUUUAUCCUGCGGUCGACUCACGGUCUAUCUUUUUUCACUCGCAAGGAUCGAGUAGCGGACGAAUAUAAUAGCGGUCCAAAGACGCGGCGGUUCGGGUCCUCGUCUCCUGGCCCGAGGGGAAGAUCGCAAAGGUGUUGUUCAGCCACGAAUCCAGAAUUCUCACCCCCGGCGGCGGCACACUCUCGCCCGGGGGCGCUGGGCCUCCUGCGAGCCCUCCCUCAGGACUCUACCAUCCUCCGACGCACAGUCCGCCACUGGUCAAGAUUGGCUCAGUUCAAGCUCAUCAGCCUGUCAGCCACCAGCAACAGCAGCAGCAACAGCCGUCACCCCAGCCGCAGCCGCAGGUGGCCGUGGCGGGGGCGGGGACGGGGGCCGGGGCGACGGGGGUGGCGAUGGCCAGGGCCGGCGGGAUGUUCUGCUACCACUGCCCGUCGGGUCUUCAGGCCCCCCGUUUGCCGCCGUCCCUCGAAUACCCCUUCGCCCCGACGCAUCCCUACACCAGCUACUCGGCGUAUCAUCCGGCGCUUCACGGUGUCGGGGAUGAUUCUUUUGUGCGGAGAAAGCAGCGGAGAAACAGGACGACGUUCACUCUGCAACAGCUGGAGGAGCUGGAGUCGGCCUUUGCCCAGACGCAUUAUCCGGACGUCUUCACACGCGAGGAUCUCGCGAUGAAGAUUAACCUGACGGAAGCCAGGGUCCAGGUCUGGUUCCAGAACCGACGGGCAAAAUGGCGGAAGAGCGAGCGGCUGAAGGAAGAGCAGAGAAAGCGGGAAGGCGGCUCGGAUCCCGGGCUGCCACCACGGCCCACCAGCCACGAGCCCGACGCGGCGAGCGCCGAGGGCGAGGACGUCGGUCCGGACGGAGGCUCGAGGAGUCCGAGCACCACCUCGGCGUCGGUCAGCCCGAGGCCCCAGCAGCCCCAGAGUCAGUCGUCCGUAGGGGGCGCCGCGACGCCGCCGCCGACGCCGACGUCGAUCAGGGCGCAGCCCGCGCCCCCCAGCACCGUCGGCACCGUCGGGGUCCUUGGACCCCCGACUGAGAGUUUCCCCUUGUCUCUGUUUUUCAGUAACCUAGGAUCAGCCGCCGGUUUCAGGCCGGUCGAACCACCCCCGUCAUUAUUUUUCCCACCACACUUGGCGGCCCAAUUUUCCCCGCCGUUGUUCGGUACGAAAAUCGGCAGCACUCCGACCUCCUUGUCAUCCGGUACCCCGUCUUUGUGGAGUAGCGGCGAUCACCGGCCAGGCAGCCUUCAGGACAUGCUAUCGUGGUCCCCGGCCGGGUGGCCGGCCUCUUUGUGCGGAUGCUGCAAGCCCGGAAGCAACGAUCUCCACAGGAGCAGCAGCCUGGCCGAGCUGAGAAGGAAGGCCCAGGAACACUCGACCGCCUCCGCGCUUUUGGGGGGCCUCGCCGGGUUCCCAGGCGGACUCCCCUUACCGUUGCCUUUGCCCCUCCUGCCCCCGUUGCUGGGUCUCUCAAGACGACCGGAACACCAUCACCUACCCUCGGUCGUUCACCAAAUACAACCGUCGACCAAAGAAGAUCCGUAGAUCGUAGAUCCCACCGCCGAAUCCCACGAUUUCCCACGAUUUGUACGCGGGAUGCACUGUACAGUGAUAACAUUCUCCGUAAACCAAUUAUGAAUCGCAUGAGAACGAAAGAAUUUAACAUCCCGUCGCGAAAAAUGAUCGCGUUCACGAUUUUAUAAUAUUUUGAAAGAGAAAAAAACGUCUCGAUUUUCGUAAAGAAAUUUCAAUGUGAUUUUUAUAUAUUAUCAUGUACAAUUUCAGAGACGGACAAUAUUGUAUAUAUUGAUUUGUUUUUCAACGAUGUUUCUCUCUUUCAACGAAAAUUCAACGCAAUUAGAAGGUUUGCAUUAACCGAUCGACUAUAUAUAUGUAUAGCGAAGAAAUAAUUCCAAUUUGGCAAAUAUGAAUCAUUCCGUGAUACUUGCCAACCUUUUUUGUCGAUGAUCGUGCGUACAGUACCUAUCCGAUCAAAAAUUGCAAAGUUACAAACAAUACGAUUGAAACCUCGCAUAGGUUCGUAUAACGAAUAGAAACGUGAUAGUAAUAUGUAGAGAUACGUAAGAAAUAUUAAUAUAAUAGUUAUAAUAAUAAUAAUAAAAAUAAUAACACUAAUAGAAACGAUUAUGAUAGUAUAUCGAUGUUGACAACGGAGUCGAUCGCCGUUCGAAAUUGUAUUAAUUUCUCCGCAAGAACGAAGUGAGGUUAAUCGAAAUGAGAUUCAAUAUAAUCAAAGUUAAAUAUAUAAUACUAUACUUCACUGCCCGGAGGCACGGCACACGUAUCGUAAACAACCAAUAUAGCAUAGCCGCCAAAGAUUGUAGGAAAUCUACACACGUAUAAACCUGUAUAUUGUAUUACUGUAUUCGUAAAUGCAUAAAGUUAAGAAUAACUCAAUAAUAUAUAUUUAAAACAAAAUAUAUUAAAAUAUAUGAAUAUAGGCAGUGAUAUUAUAGCUGAUUAUUAAGGUAGUUGUGUUGAAUAAACUUGUUCUCGUGAUAAA